AUGCUGAAGUAUCUUAGCAGUCUGUGUACCAAUGUAGGUAACUUGGAAUAACCAUUUAAUGGUUUCAAUACAUUUCAUUUCUUUAAUGAAAGACACCCACAGUUUUAAUGAUAGAUACAGUGUGCUUAGCACUUAUCCUGUAAUAAGAUGUUUACUUUAGGUGUGGCAGGUAACACUUUACUUUAGCUUGGAAAAAAGGGAUACUUCAAUGUUUCAACAAUGUAUACCUAACGACUGGCAAAUAACAGAGAGUGAUAUAGUUUGAUAGACUGGCAUAAAGUCCUAGUAAUUAAGGCACACAGGCACACACAUACACACACACACACACACACACACACUCACCCCCCCCCCCCUCCCACACACACACCACACACACACUCAUUCCCCCGCACACAUCACACACACAGGCAUUCCAUUACAGUUUCCUCACAGGGUGGAAACUGAACACUGGUCCUUAAAGGCAAACAGACUGUGGCGGUGCCAAGGCUAUUGGAGAGUGUUGUAAAGUCACCCUCUCCUCCCCCUGUCCGUUCCCUGUUCUCUCCUCCUCUCCUCUCCCACCUCCACAAGGCCCGCCCCAGGGCUCAGACUAUAUCAGGAGCCAGCCUCCCUCUGUCCAACUCCACACUCCUGGAGGCUCCAGCUCUACAACGGUCCUCUCUCCUCUCUCCUCCACUCCACUGACCUACAGCAGCCAGCAAGUCAGCAUGUCUUACUACUCGUACAAGAGCUCCAGCGGUGGCGGCCCCAUGAACUUCUCCGGGGGCUCCAACAUCAUCUCAAGCCGGGUCGGCUACGUGUCCAGUGCCCCCAAGGCCUUCAGCGUGUACGGAGGUGGUUCCGGCGGUGGCACCCGCAUCUCCUCUUCCUCCGUACGCUCAGUAUCCUCUGGGUACGGCGGUGGGGCCGGCUUCGGUGGUGGCUAUGGAUCCGGCGGUGGUGGUUAUGGAUCCAGAGGUGGUGGCGGCUUCAACCUGUCCAGCACCCUGGAUGGCGGCGCCAUCCACCUGAACGAGAAGGCCACCAUGCAGAACCUGAACGACCGCCUGUCCACUUACCUGGAUAAGGUGCGCUCGCUGGAGGAGGCCAACUCCAAGUUGGAGAUUCAGAUCAGGGAGUAUUAUGAGAAGAAGGGGCCUGCCGCCGAGAGGGACUACAGCAAAUACUGGGCCAUCAUCAACGACCUGAAGGACAAGGUAGUGUGCUGACCUCGUCUGCUAUUAGCUGAUCAAAUCCAUCAUUUCGUAUCUUGCAGUGUUAAGUAGGCAGUGCUGACAGGCUACUAGGGUAAGGAAAAUCAGCUUACUGUAUGUAGGAAUGAAGAACACAACAUUCAUAAUGUAUACUUCAGGAUUGACUUAUAGUUUUUAAUCAGAGUUCAGAGGGUUAGAAAAUCAAUGAGCUGUCACUGACAUUUAUAGAUUCUGAGAUUAUUUUUAAAAGAUGGCUAUUUAAGACCUAUAAUGAAAGAAAUCUGAAGCAAGGAAGUUACAAGGUCGUUCCAGGAGCUGCUAAAAAUGGCUGAUUUCUUUUUCUGGUAGAUUCAUAUUUAGGUUUUUAGGAAGUGUUAACUCCUUGUGUAUUCAACAAGCUUUGCGACAGAUGCAAUAGCGUAUCAAAAUACUAUCAGCUUCCAAGUUGACUAACUGUGAUUCUACCAUGGUGAACAAUGAAAGUCUUUCAUGUUUUCUUUUAGAUCAACGGUGCCACAUGCAACAACGCCAACAUCCUGCUGCAGAUUGACAACUCUAAACUGGCUGCUGAUGACUUCCAGACCAAGUAAGGGCACUUCCUCAAUCAGCUCCAUAGUAUCAGCUAUUACAAAACUAGGUUAUAAGAGGCAAACAAGCAAAUAAUCACUCAAAAGGUACAUGUCUUAUUUACAAUUUUGGAUUCAAAUGUCUCAUGAUAACUUCCUCCCUUUCUCCCAACCAAUCAGGUUUGAGCAUGAGCUGAUGAUGCGCCAGUCGGUGGAGGCUGACAUCGCCAACCUGCGUCGCCUGCUGGACCAGACCACUCUGACCAAGGCCGACCUGGAGAUGCAGAUCGAGGGUCUGCAGGAUGAGCUGGCCUACCUCAAGAAGAACCACAUAGAGGUGCGGGGGCAAUUCCCUUUUUUCCCUUUUUUCCAUUGCAGUGAUGAGAUGUUAUUCAGUAUAAACACACCCCAGUGACAAUAGAGAGGAGAAAGUUAGUGGCGGGGGAUUGUUUUGAAACAUUGGAUAGAAAGUAAGAGGGAUGAGAGUGACUCCAUUUCCCAUGAUUCCACAGGAGCUGGCAGCCAUGCGUGCUCAACUCACCGGCACAGUGAACGUGGAGGUGGACGCAGCGCCCCAGCAGGACAUGUCCAGGAUGAUGGAGGAGAUCCGCACCCAGUACGAGGGCAUCAUCGACAAACACCGCCGCGACCAGGAGGCAUGGUUCAACGACAAGGUAACCGUCGCCAUGGCACACCUCACCAAAAUUCCCCAUCUGUCUCCCACACUAAUCUUUUGUAAUUACAUCUUCAAAACCAAAAUAUGUAAUUAACUGUAAUUAACAAUAUGUAAUUAACUGUAAUGUCUUUGAAGAUGGUGGUUUAAGUUCUUCAGGAAAGUGAGCUACAGUGGGAUUAAAAUGGCGGCCCUGGUUUGUUUGUAUUUCAGUCAGCCAACCUGUCCAAGGAGGUGGCCACCAGCACAGAGAUCAUCCAGACGACCAAGACAGAGAUCAACGACCUGAGACGCACCGUGCAGGGCCUGGAGAUCGAGCUGCAGUCACAGCACAGCAUGGUGAGCCAGCAUCACUAACGUCUGACAACGGACCACAGUUUAGGGGCCACAAUUUACACUACUUUAUGCCACUUUUGGCAACAAUCAACAUUUGACUCUCUUUCACCAUUCUCAUUCUCAAUCCUCUGGAGUCUAGUUUCUCUCUUUCAACAGAGGGAAAGAGCGAGAUAGGAGGGCAUGGUUGAAAGGGAUUGACGAGAUAGGAGGGAGGGAAGAAGGGGGAGGACUUGGAGAGAGAUUGAGUAGGAGAGGGAAAAUGGGAAAGCAAUGGAAAAAGGCUAAAAGUGGGGGAUUGGUGGACACGGGGGAGGUUAGGGUUAUGCAGAGGUUUUCUGCUUUUUAAAGGCAUCUGCACCCUCUCUGGAAGACAGCAAGAGUAUGAGUGUUUCCAAAGGAAUGCAGUGAAAGAGCUAGAGCCUAACUCCCAUGGAAACUUAGCUGGGGCUUAUCAAACUCAGUAAAAUAUAUCUAAAUCCAUCCCGCUGCAGUAACAAGGCUACAUUCCAUCUUGGUCUAAAGCACAGGAGGUUGGUGGCACCUUAAUUGGGGAGGAUGGGCUCGUGGUAAUAGCUGGAGAAUCAGUGUGACUGGAUUCAAACACAUGGUUUCUAUGUGUUUGAAGCCAUUCCAUUAGCUCCGUUCCAGCCAUUAUUAUGAGCCGUCCUCCCCAAAGCAGCCUCCACUAAAGGCCAUUUAAAGAAAAGAAACAUCUGCUGCAAUUCCUUUUUUGGGAAUACAUAGAACUCAGUAUCUCAUUUCAAAUAAGCACCCCAAAGAAGUGACCUUGCUGUGCUUAGUGGCGCCCGGCAUAUUUGUGUUAACUCUCAACAUAGUCUUGGUAUGGUGUAUUAGCAGAAGUUUGUUGACAUUUGCUUAUCAAAGUUGAUUAAGUGCAAUAACUAUGUCUGGUUUAAGGUUUAUUUUCAUUAUUUCUAUAAUUGCAUUUCCUGUUACUGACCCUGUAUCACCUCUAUCGCCACACAGAAAGCAGCUAUGGAGAACACACUGAGAGAAACAGAGGCCCGCUACAGCGCCAUGCUCUCGGGCUACCAGAACCAGAUCGACAUGCUGGAACAGGAGCUAAACAGGGUGCGCCAGAGCAUCGAGACGCAGGGCCACGAUUACAAGAUGCUGCUGGACAUCAAGUCCCGUCUGGAGCAGGAGAUCGCCACCUACAGGGGCCUCCUGGAAGGGGAGGAGUCCAGGUAA